UCCGCGGGGCGGGGCCUAUGGUCCAGUCACGCGACCUCGUAGAAGUCCGAGGAUUGGCUCUGGUCUAGCGAAAGGCAGAAAGGAGGUGUGGCUCCAGCUGCUGUCGGAUUCUCGGCCCGCCUCCUUAACGUAGGAGAGAGCGACGGCAUUUGCAACCGUUAGCGUCAUCCGUCAGCGCCGGGAGACCUGGCUGAAGGUAAUGGUGGCCUGCUGAGCCCCGUGGAGCCUGGCCACAUUCAUGGCCCUGCGGGCACUAACCCGCGCUCUGGGUUCCCUGAGCCUGACGCCCCCGGCCGCUGUUCCAAGCCAGAGCCUGUUCCCGGGCUCCCAGGUAACAAAUAAUGCCGUCCUCCAGCUGCCCUUUGCCUCGAUGUUGCUCCCCUGCCGCCCAUUCCUUACAUCUGUGGCUCUUAGUGCCAACCUUGGGUCCUGGAAGAGUCGUACCAAGUAUACGGUUACACCAGUGAAGAUGAGGAAAUCUGGGGGUCGAGACCACACAGGCCGAAUCCGAGUGCAUGGUAUUGGUGGGGGCCACAAGCAACGUUAUCGCAUGAUUGACUUUCUGCGUUUCCGGCCUGAGGAGGAAACCAAGCCAGGACCCUUUGAGGAGAAGGUCAUCAUCGUCCGUUAUGAUCCCUGUAGGUCGGCAGACAUAGCUCUGGUUGCUGGGGGCAAACGGAAACGCUGGAUCAUUGCCACAGAAAACAUGCAGGCUGGAGAUAUAAUCCUGAACUCUGAUCAGAUAGGUCGAAUGGCAGUUGCUGCCCGGGAAGGGGAUGCACAUCCUCUUGGGGCCUUGCCUGUGGGGACACUUAUCAACAAUGUGGAGAGUGAGCCAGGCCGGGGGGCCCAGUAUAUCCGAGCCGCAGGAACCUGUGGUGUGCUGCUACGGAAGGUGAAUGGGACAGCCAUCAUCCAGCUACCUUCUAAGAGGCAGAUGCAGGUGCUGGAAACCUGCACAGCAAUAGUGGGACGAGUAUCCAACGUUGAUCAUAAUAAACGAGUCAUUGGCAAGGCCGGGCGGAAUCGCUGGCUGGGCAAGAGACCUUCCAGUGGACUAUGGCAUCGCAAAGGGGGCUGGGCAGGCCGAAAGAUUCGACCACUGCCCCCCAUGAAGAGUUAUGUGAAUCUUCCCACAGCUGCUGCCCAAAGCUGAUGUCUGGACUUUAAUAAAAUGACCCCCUAUUUUAUCGGUUACUGUUUUGGCGGGGAGCGGGAAGGUACAUACUGCACCCGGUAAAGGAAAGGCGCAAACAAGUGUGGGUAAGAAGCAAGGAAAGAAUACGGAGCAAAGACUGAGACUACACCCCCUCAUUUGCAGCCAUCCUCCUGGCCUCAGCUCCUUUAUAU